AACCUUUGUUUUCUUAUAGGUUGGAUGGUUCCUCCGUAAAAGUGCCACGAUCGGGAUUAGGAUGUUCGAUGGCUACCGACAGGAGGGCAACGAGAUGCGGUUCGCUGGUGGAGGUCCGUGGGGGACGUGCGGCCAAGUAUCCGUAUGGAGUACGGUAAGCCAAAUCUAAGGGAGUGCACGGCUUCUUGGUCGGGAGACUGAACCCUCCCUCCAUCACUUCGGUAGCCCUUCCCUGUGGAGCCAAGCUAUUUGAGUUGGAUUGUGGCGUGCCAACCUUGACCGCUGGACGGAUUUUUUGCUGCUGGACGCCCUUUUUUGACGGUCCACAAGCUGGUCUCAAAUGGCCCUCUUUGCAAGAAACUCGAAAGCCAAUUUCUAUAAAAACAAUGCUGUUGGAUCAAAAGAGUUGAUCAACAGGUACCGAAGUGGUCAUACCAACGCGGUAUCUUUGCUGCAUCAGCUGGCCCACACAGUUCCGUUCCACUUGGAAUUCAAGGAGACUGUGACCACCGGCAACGUAAGUGGAUUUCUCUUUGCCUUUUGCGUGCUGGUUGACGGUGUCCAGUACAAGACAGGCAUGGGGACGACAAAGAAGGUGGCUCGGCUUAAAGCGGCGGAGCUGGCUCUUGAGGACCUGCUGCCAACAUUGGAAGAGAAGGCUGACCUACCCAAAAUAUCAACUUUCACGCCAUCUCUACCAGUUAUAGAGGAGUCUUCGCAGUCAGAGAUCCAAGCCUACACAUUUAGUCGUGAGAGGAAGACUUCCACCAACCUCCAGAUACCAAAUGCCGUCAAGAAUCAACUAAGCAAGUUGAUAAACAACCAACCGCAGUUGUUCGCCUGCGCCGCCACCGUCGCGGCAUUCGUCAUUCAGACUUCCGACGGAUAUGAGGUGGUAGCCAUCGGCACUGGCAACUGCAGCGCCGGGCGCAGCACGUCCGUAAAUGGACGCGUUGUGCACGACUCGCACGCGGUUGUUACUGCCAGGAGGUGCCUCAUGAGAUUCCUCUACCAGCACCUGCUGAUGUUCUUCAGCAAAACCACGCAACUGGUGGAGAACUCCAUCUUCCAGCACAACAAUAACAACCACCACCUCCUCAGCCUGAAGAGCGGCAUCACGCUCCACCUCUACAUCAACCAGGUUCCCACGGGCGCCGCUCAAAUACCCUCCAAACUGUCCCUGAACCCUCGUUGCAUAUCCACAUUACAGAUGAGUAAUGAGAUGGGCCUGCAUGUUUCGGUUGAGGGCAAGGUGUUCUCGAUUUUCUCCACCGCCCUCGAGCCCGCCAGCACCAAAAUAGUUACUGUGUCUCCCAUGGACAAGAUUACUCAGUGGCAAGUAUUGGGCUACCAGGGAGCCUUGCUGAGCCACUUCAUCGAGCCAGUCUAUGUCAGGAGUAUCCUCAUAGGGGACUUGGGUGGCGGGGACAUCCGCGGCAUGGAGAUGACAUUGAACCGCCGCACGGAGGGCAUCACCGCGCAGCUGCCCAUGUUCUACUGCAUGAUGAGGCCUCUCAUCUGCACUGUGCCCUCCGUGGCCAGCGGGAGCCCUGACAACGGCCUGGUGACCUACAGUUUCAACUGGAGCGAAAGUGAUCCCUCAAUCGAGGUGGUGGACGGUCUGAUUGGCAAGACCACGGUCGAGUCUCCUUUCAAGAGUGGACCUGCUCUGGCGAGCCGUCUGUGCAAAGCAGCGAUGCUGCACCGUUUCAAGUUGGUUGCCAAAGAGGCCAACCGGCAGGACUUGCUUGCCACAAGUUCAUACAGAGAAGCCAAGGGGGCGGCGAAAGCUUAUCAGGAGGCCAAGACGAUUCUGAGGACCUACCUGAAGCAGCAAGGCUUCGGUUCCUGGCCCGACAAGAACAUGGUCAGUGAUGACUUCAAUAUGUAGCUCUCUAUACAUAAAGGAUUAGAGUCAGAAUGAAGAAAUGUUCGUUUCUUGUUGAUCACUUUGAUUUGGAUAGGUCUUUAUGCUCAAAUACCUUAAAGUAAGAACCCCAAACACAUAAUACAUUGGUAGCCGUUGUUUACGGUUUGUCAAAUUGCAUGCAAGGCUUCUUUAGGUUGUAAAAUCAGCACAUGCACUUGUUAAAUAUUUCUGUUGCUGGGGGAAAAUAAGUUAUUCUUUCCAAGGUGUGUAAUAAUAAUGGCCUAUACUAUUUAAGUUUUCAUUAUUUAAGUUUUGUAUUGCCAUAUGAGCAAGGCUUGUGUCUCAAGAUUUAAGCCAUAGAAAUGUUUCAACCCCUGUAAAACACCAUGCAAGCUGAACUGUUGGAAUUGCAGUAUUAUGUUUCAUUCCAUUCCAAAAUGUUAGACAAUUUGAAAAACAUAAAUGUCAUUUAAAAUGUUUACUACAUGUAGUUUUGUAGUUGGGGAAAAAAACUGCCGUUUCAUGCGUGAAUACAGCAAAUGGAACUUAACACCAGGCCUUUUUUCAGUAUGUCUUAAAAAAAAUGGAUAAAACUUUUUUUCCCCUCCUUA